CCGACUUUCGCCUUGUGGUGCGCUAUACUAGUUUGUUUCAUUAAUGUGACCCCUGAAUACGUGAAUUAGUAUUGCAAGAGGCCAGAAGCACUAGGCUUUGGCAGAGCACACACAAAAAGCGAAAUGCUGCCCCGGCAGGGGUUCGUCUGCCGGGGUGAUGCACGGUACAUUCUUUUGAGUUUGUGCAUAUGCCUUACUGCAGCCCAGACUAUAGUGACGGGCAAGACCGAAGCGGCAUUUGCUUCGACUGGCAAACCAGCAGCCAAAUCACCGCCACCAGCUACAACUCCCUACGACUUGUAUAUCUUCUCCACGUUUUGGCCACCGUCGGUCAUUCCGCCAGCCUCUCAAGGCCGCGCGCGCCACAUCGUCGCGACCGGGGUCGCAAGCCCUGGCUUCUGGACGCAUGGCUUGUGGCCAGCGAGCUUCUCUGGACCGCUGCCCGAGUACUGCGGCAAGGAGGUCUUCGACCCGGCGCAGCUGGGCCCCUUCCAGGGCGGGCUGGCCUUCUACCUGCGAAACCCCACCACCACCAUCUUCCCCGAGAACCUCCACACCUUCUGGAGCCACGAGUGGUCCAGGCACGGCACGUGCAGCGGCCUGGACCAGCUGUCGUACUUCACGGCCGUGUACGGCACCUCGCUGCACACGGACGUGCGGGCGGCGCUGCAGCUGGGCAAGGUGCUGCCCUCCAACGACAAGCAGUACAGCCUGGAGCAGAUCAGCGCUGCCCUGACUGCCGCCUACGGCCCCGCCUUCAACCCCAUCAUUGGUCUGGCGUGUGCGCCGCCCGGCAGCAAGGGAGACCCCACGGUGCUGCGGGAGGUCCGCAUCUGCCUCUCCCGCACCACCCUCAAGCCAGCCGAUUGCUCCUCCAUCGUCAGCCACCGCCGCCGCCAGGCCCUAUCUACAGCCGAGUCCGCCAACGGAACGGAUCCGGAUUCCGACAUUGACGACGAACAUGGAUUCCUGGAUCUAAUAUCGUCCGUGCACUCGCUGGACCCACCUCUAAGCGGAAUUGACGGUCCGGAUCCAGUGAGCGGCAGUGCUGCUGCUGACGUCAUGGGGUCGGGAUCCGGAUCCGGAUCCGGGAUUGGCGUGGGCCCGCUGCGGUACGGCACGUGUGGCGACGUGCCCACGGACCUUAUCUCCUAUCCCGCAUACGCCGACACGGACGCAGUGGUGGCCCUGCCGUGGGACAUCAUCCUGCGUGUGCUGGCUGUGGUGCUGCUGCUGGGCGCCGCCGCGGCGGGCGGCCACGCGCUGCUGCAGCGCUGGCAGCUGCUGCCGGCCCUGUUCACACCCAGGCCAGUGACUGAGGUGCACUACCCGCUGGUGCAUGAGCCGGUGACGGUGUGUGUAGAGCCGCUGCAGCUGGCGGCGCUGUGGGACAGCCUGCCACACAUCGCCGCCUUCGUGGAGGACCUGCCCGUGGGCAUGGGCAUCAAGGGCGGCAUCGCGCGCAAGCUGCUCAAGGAGAAGUACGGCAAGCCCGAGCCGCCUGGCGCCUUCGACGUGGACGUACUGCUGUUCGUACAGCAGUACAGCCCCGAGGCUCGUCGCGCGGUGCGUGAGGCCGUGACCGGCUGCCGGCUGGGCGGUCUGGUGCUUGAGCCGCAGGACGUGGAGGUGCUGUCCAAGGAGUGGCUGCCGGAGUACUUCAUAAGCAGGGACGUCACGCAGAACGAGGUGCUCAUCCUCAAGUCCGCCCCCGGCACCGCGCAGCUCUACUACACGGCCCAGGCCCGCAACGACGUGGCCGCCGACCUGAUCCGGCCGUGUGUGCACGCGCUCAAGACCGAGUUCCACCUGGUGUGGGAGCUGGAGAAGGACGGCACGCCCUACACAGCCAGCCAACAGGUGUGCCGCAGCCUUGUCCGCUACCUCAAGGGCCACGGCUCCGACUACGCCUUCGACGCCGCCACCUGGGCCCACUACCAGCGCACCGGCCUCAGCAAGAGCGAGCUGUUCAAGGUGCUGCGGCCCUUCCACGAGGACGACACCAAGAUGCAGGCCGCGGUGGACCACCUGGUGGACAUCGGCUUCCUGCACCGGGCCGAGCUGCGGCGGGCGGGCGGCGUCAACAUGCUGUGGGGACUGCUGCUGCAGGAGAUCAACACCCAGGUGUCCCGCCACGGCGGCCGCUUUGUGUUGGGGUCGCUGGACCCGGACGGCGUGGAGCGCUGGGUGGAGGGCAAGAAGGCGCAGACGGCGGCGCGGCUGAUCACCGAGGAGAUGCGGGCGGCGCGGACCGGGUUCGUGCCGUCGGACGAGAGCGUGCUCGAGCUGGGGCUCCUCACCUUCCCCCAGACCCUAAUCGACUUCAUAGCCACUGGCCCCUGCUUCGACGCCCCAGCCUACCUCCGCUCCGCCGCCGCCGCCGCUGUCAGCUCCCUCAACGCCGCCGCGCCACUGGCACUGACGGCGCCGCCGCCGCCGCCGCCCAGCGCCGGCGACACCCCUCUAAUGGUGCCGUCUCGCAGCCCCUCCGGUGUGCUAAUGAUUACGCCUGUCGCACCGGAGGCGCAAACACCUGCUGCUACAGCCGCUGCAGCGGCUGCAGCGGCUGCUACUGCCGUUGCUGCUGGUGGCGGCGCGAGCAACCGCCUGUUGGGGGAUGUGGUGGAGCGGGUGGAUGACGCAGCCGUCCUGAUGCCCAUUCCUGCCGGCAAGCUGCGCUGGCACGCGAUGCAGUCGGCUGCGGCCGCCGGCGGCGGAGUCAUGUACCAGGUCUUCCGCGGCGCAGCAGCUGGCACCAACGCCGGCACCGGCACCGGCACCGGCAGUGGCGGCCUUAGUGGCAGCAGCCCGGCGUCGGGCCGCCGCGGUGCCGGCCUGCUCAGCGCCGCCGCCGACGGCGGCACCGCAGCCGCCGGUGGCAGCGGGAGCAUUGAGGAGGAGCUUAAGAAGGACGUGGAAAGGUUGCGGGCGGCGCUGUUGAGGCACGGCAGCACCGGUGCGGGGUCCUCGUCAUCGCCAGCGGCGACGUCGGCGUCCAGUGACGCCCUCACGGCGGCGGCAGACGCGGCGGCGGCGGCGGCGGGCGCGGGCGCGGGCGCGGUGCCGGCGGAGAGCGCGGCGGAGCGGUCAUUGCAGGAGAUGGCCGGCAACGCACGGGAGCAACAGAGGCGCCACAACGCUGCAAUCAAGGGCGUCAUUGGUGCCUCGCUAAUCAGCGCCAGCAAGCACCAGCAGCAGCUGCCGGCAGAGAGCGGCCCCGCACAUGCCGCGCCGCCCGUCGACGCCUCCGCCGCCUCCGCACCCUUCGGCGCUGCUGCUACUGCCGCCGAGCCGGCGCCCAUCGCAACCGUCAGCGGAGGCGCUGCUGCUACAGCCGCGGUCCGCAGCCGCCCUGUCGGCCCCAGCGGCGGCGCACUCGACAUGUACCCGGGCGCAGCCGCCGGCCGCGGCGGCGGCGGUGCUGCAGCUGCUGCUACAGCCGGGGCAGUGGGCGGCAGUAGCAGUGCCUUUGACACGGUCGCCUACUGGCUCAAGUACAGCAGUCUUGGCGACCUGGCGUCGGAUGCCGCGGGAGGGGACUCGCUGGGGUCUUUCUACCAGGCUUCUGCAAUGGCGGGUGGCGGCGGCGGCCUCGUCAGCGGCGGCGCGGGAGGCGGCGGCGGCGGUGGCGGCGGCGGUGGCGGCCCUGACGACGAGGGCUACGUGCCGCUCGUAGGCGACCACGAGACGGCCCAGCGCCGACGGCCCACGCUGGGUAAACUGUUCAUGUUCGUGAUCGGCGUCAUGUCCAUCGAGCGCGCCCUGCUGCUGGCCGCCUACGGGCUGCUGCUGGCCGGCCUGGUGGCGCGGCUGUGUCUGCCGCGUGUGGAGGCGGCGCUGUUUGACGCCUUCAACGAACUGGACACGCGGCUGUUUUGGGACAACCUCGUCGUGGCCAUGGGCAUCAUCUUGGCUGACAUUGCGCUCACGCUGGCCGGCCGCCUAGCCCUGGAGGGCUUCACGCGCAGCGCCAUGAGACAGCUGUUCAGGAGGUUCUUCGAACACGUCGUGUAUCAGGACCUGCCCUUCUUCGCGCGCCUGUCGCCCGGAGAGCUCAUGGCGCGCACCAGCGGCGACUCCCUCACGCUGAGGGGCAUUGUGUCCAGCACCCUGUACAGGCUGGUGGAGGGUCUGACGUUGUUCCUGGGGGCCGGCGCCUUCCUAGCCACCUCGGCCUCGCACCUGCUGCGCGGCCGCCCGCAGCUGGCGCUGCUGUUUGUGGCGGUGGCGGCGGUGGACGUGGCGGAGGCGGGGCUGCUGGGCUGGCAGCUGAAGAAGGUCAACCAGGCCGUGCGUCAGUCCAUGGGCCGCAUGUUCGGCUUCACGCUCUCCGUGUUCGGCCUCAUCCCGCUCGUGUCCGCCCUGGGCCUGGAGUCCCGCAUCGUCAACGACUACAAGGCCUUUGCAGCCGAUUACUUCCGAAACACCUUCAUGCUGAACUGCUUGAUGCACGCGCAGAGCGCCGCCACUAGCCUGCUGGCGGCGGCGCUGCGGGGCUCGCUGCUUGCGUGCGGCGGCGCGGCGCUGUUUGACGGCGUGACGACGGUGGGCACGCUGUUUGCGCUGCUGCAGUAUUGCAGCUGGCUGCAGAAGGGGCUCAAGCAGGCCAGCGAUAGCUGGGCUCGGCUCAUGGCGGGCCUUGGCUCCGUGGAGCGACUGGUAGAGCUACACGACAGAGGUACCUUUGGCGCCACGCCCGGGGGACAGGAUGGUCCCGCCGGCGGCGCCGCUGACGGCGCCGCGGACGGCCGCAGCCUGUUCCGUGACGCCGACGGCACGCCUGGCGGUGUGCGCGACGUCGCGGUUCACGUCCACGAUGGCGCCACCGCCACCGCCGCCGCCGGCGCUGCCAGCGGCUUGGCGGGCGUUCAGUCGGCACUGGUGGGCGCCUGGCGGCGCACCUUUGGCAGCAGCGCCGGCGCGGGCACCGCCGCCGCCUCCGAUACCGAGCGGCUCGCAGAGCCGCUCCUUGGCCGCGGCUCGACCGACCUCGAGUCCGGCGGCGCCGGCGCCGGCACCACCGGUGGCGUGCUGAGUGCGGCGUGGUGGGCGCGCUUCGGCCCGCAGCAGCAGCUGCGGCCGGACUUUGGCCGUCUGCUGGGCGGCUUCAAAUUGAGCGGCGUGCACCUGACCAUGCGCGGGCGCACGGACCGGCUGCUGCUGCGGGAUGCCAACCUGGAGGCGCUGGCGGGGCAGGCGGUGGUGCUCACAGGCGACGACGCCGAAGGCCUGCACGGGCUGCUGUCGCUGCUGCUGCUGCGGCUGCCGCCCUACAAGGGCACCCUGGCCUUCCAGCUGCCCGCCGCCGCUCUGCCCUCCGCCGCCGCCGCGCUGAUGGGGCCCACGCCGAUGGACCGGCUGCUACAGCGCCAGCCGCCGCCGCGGCCCCACGACGGCGCCGCAGGCGCCGACGCGGCGGCUCCAGCCACCGCCGCCACCACUAACACGGCUGCCGCCACCGCCACCGCGCUCGCCAGCACCGGCAUCAGCUCCAGCAGCAGCAACGGUUGGGAGUGGGCGGCGUUCAGCUUCCGACACGACGGGCUGCGGCCGCUGCGCAGCCGUGUGGGUCUGGUGUCGCGCUCCAUGUGCGGCGUGUUCCGCACCACGGUGGAGGACAACGUGGCGGUGGCGGCGCCGGAGCGGGAGGUGGGCACGGCGGAGGUGCGGGCGGCCGCCGCGGCGGCGGGGCUGCAUGAGGAGGUCAUGGGGCUCAAGGACGGCUAUUUCACGCUGCUGGGCGAGGGCAGCGGUACCUGCCUGUCGCCCGCCGGGCUGCUGCAGCUGGCUGUAGCACGUGCGCUGCUGCGGCGGCCGGCACUGCUACUGCUGGAGGACUACGAUGCGUUUGCCGAGGCGCUGGGGGAGGAGCGGCUGCAGGGGCUGCUGAGGCGGCUGCGGGGCGGCGGCGCGUGUGUAGUUGUGGUGGCGGGGCACGGCAGAGCGGCGGGUGUGGGUGCAGGUGCGGUGGAGCGAGGCCAGGUGAGGCAGGAUGCGAAGUGGGACUGGGCGGACGUGCACGCGCACUUGCACGGGGGCACGCUCGACUCGGUGACGCUGGAGGGAGGUGCGGCAAGGGGUGGCAGUGGGCCGGAGGGCGGUGCGGCGGCGAGCGAGUGAUCUGGUAGUAGCAGCAGCAGGCGGCGGCAGGUGGUGAAGGCACCCAGGUGCCAAUCCCAGUUUGGGCUGAGUCUAGAGGGCCCCAAAAUGUUUGGGGGCCUGAAACCACCGGAACAUUGGCAUGGUAGAGGUCGCUCGGGGACAAAUGUUGGUGCCUUACGAGGAAUUUCGUCCAGCGUAUGCAUUCGUACUACUCGCCUAGUCUCGUUGCACGGUCUGGUUUGCACACAACCGACCUGUAACAAACAACAUACGGUCGGAUCUUGUGGUCUGCUGGUGGGGGUCGUGCCGUUGACAUGUAUGUGUCUGUGUGUCGGAUUCAGUAAGGCCAAUGCAUGCACAAGGGUCUUUACACCACAUGUAUACAGGACGCCCAAGGGCACUGCUAGUUGCCGUGUCCUCCACCCCUCCGCUCUCCCCGCCAGCAUGUGCCAUGACCACGCAUUGCCUCGCUCAACAUGCAUGCCCUUCAAUCUACGGUUGGCAAACGUUCCCAUAGGGCGCACUGCAUCUGGUUGGUGCUGUCCACACACGAACAGGUGCGGUGCAUCGCGAUGACUACUACAACGCAGUGACUGCACCCUGAUCUGCUCUGCUCCACCCACCUCAACCCUUAA